AUGAAAUAUACGGUGGGACCAGCAAAUCGGAAGCCUCCACUGUCGGGUUCAUACAGUUCUGCGCCUCAUCCUGACCCACCAACCGUACGAAAGUUCGACGCGGAAUCGGGACAAGUGUACUCUGAAAUAGAAGUACGUCCAAAUCGAAGCAAAUAUGUGGACUGGAUAGGUGAACCCAAGACACCUAAUUUGGUCAAGAAGCCACCCCCGAAUUCAAUAGGAGCCCGUUCCUUAGGGGCUAUGGCGAGGACCAAAGUUGCUAGUCAGUUCAGAAAUCUAACACCAGAACACUUCGCGACCGUACCGUGGGCAAUAGCACAGAUGGUCUGGGAACAGCUGCUCUCAAUGCGGGCGGAGAGUUUUCAUGCCUGGAGAACCCUGGCAGCGGCAUAUCCCAGUUCAGAAGAGUUUGGGAGGCGCGAAUACCGGUAUCUUCUGGACAUUAAGCAGCUGUCAGUACCAAUUACGGAGUACUUCAACGGAAUCACGUCUAAAGAAUUACAGUGGCUUGUUUGCCUGCGAAUCUCCCCAAAGCAGAUGGUAAUAAGCAGCCUUGUCUCGAUACAUACGAUACUAAAUCUCGCCGUGCUCGAUCUUUCAGAUGGUCAGGUCACGAUCGACAACAAUCUUUCCAAAUUUGAUGAACGUGUCUUGCGUUCUUGGGCAGAUCUUGCACGGUCGGGAGAGGCCUUUCAACACCUGCGGGUGAUAUUGUUUGGCUGGCAGGAACAUCUAUCAGACUGGAUCUUCAAAUACACAGAGUUCUUCCCCUCUCUAUGCCAGAUCAUCAUCACGGACUGCCCGAAAAUGCACCAGAAAAACCGUGCAGUGUGGGAACCAACCGCGCAAACCGCAGGGUGGGAAGCUAGGCACGCAAAGAAGAGUGCCAAAAGCUUGCGACCAAUCAUUGGGAGCCAGGACUUUGCUUUUGGCUCGGUGUCGGGCUGCUACUACGACAGUCUGGAGCUGUACAGCCAGUUAGCACACAAGCGUCGGCCCAGCCUUGUUGACGGGCUUCCAUUGCUGGAAGUAUGGAUCGGCAAUCCUCGAAAGUGGUCGCAUAUUGUUGAUGACUUCCCUUCCACAAGGACGAUUUUCCUGGAGAAUAUCAAGACACAGAGUUGGAAAGCCAAGGGAGGAUCUUCUUCCAUCAGUAGCAACCGUGAGCCGACGAAGAGGGUCAGAAACCAAGACCAAGGAACCCCAGGAGCCGCAUCGCCUCCUCCAAAGCGAGGGUCGCGAGAAAGGCCUAUCAUAAAGUCGGGUGGCAAGAAUAUCACCGACAUGCUCAAUGAGUUCACGUCAUAG